AUGCCCCCCUCUCCUGAUGUUACGACUUUUGGGCGGAGAUUGCCACCGCAUAUAGUUGAUGCAAGAGCAGCAUCUGGAUAUGAAAGGCCAUAUGCCCUGUAUCCUCGAUCCAGCGAUCCUGCGGAUGGCUUCCACACAAUUAGCUACUCCCGUCUUGCAAAUGCGGUCAACCGUGUGGCGUGGUGGAUCGACGAGAAGCUAUCCCAGGAUUUGGGUAAGGAGGAGGAUCAUUUUGUGUACUUGGGACCCAACGACCUGAGAUAUAUCAUCUUCAUACUGGCAACCAUGAAGACAGGUCGGAAGAUUCUGAUCUGUUCCUUGCGGAACACAGUUGAUGCUCAGCUAUCUCUAUUUCAGAGGACCAAUUGCAAAGCUCUUGUGUCAUGUUCCUCCUUGGCCACGGGACUGCAAGCACUUUUCACUGCUUCAGAAAAUGUUCGGAAGAUUCAAGCCCCUACUCUUGAUGAAGUGCUAGCCGAAGAUGUGGUCCCUCAUUACGCAUUUGAAAAGACUUUCGAGGAGGUCGCGGAUGAAAGGUUCCUCACACUCCAUACUUCAGGAACUUCCGGAAACCCGAAGCCCAUCUCUUGGAAUAUGAAGUGGUUUAUGCAAUCAGAUGCUGGAAAUGAGCUUCCUACAGACCAAGGGCCUUCGUUGGAAGAGUCAUCCCUCAGACAUGAGAAUAUGCUUUCAUUACUUCCAUGCUUCCAUGCGGCUGGCCUUAUUCUAAGUUUCUAUCCCAUCUUCCACGAGACGACUAUCGUUCUGGGACACCCAGAUGUCCCCCUAUCAGGGGGCUACAUUGUCAAGCUCUUGAGCAGCGAUAUAAUUACGGGCUUGCUUACACCUCCGUCUAUCCUGGGCGAAAUCUCAAAAGAUCCGGCAGGAAUACAGACGCUUGCAAAGCUGAAGCACGUUGGCUAUGGAGGUGGUCCUCUCCCACCAAACAUUGGCAAAGUCCUUGCACCAGCACUACCGCAUCUCUUUAGCAUUCUUGGUACCACCGAAAACGGUAUUUUCUUUUCCGUUUCUGGUGGCAGCGAGCAUUGGGACUCGAUACGCUUCUACACAGGCAUCGGAUACAAUUUUGAAGGGGUAUCUGAUGGCGUAUUCGAGCUUGUUAUAGUCAACGAUAGCAAGACCAACAAGUACCACGGGAUUUUUGAAACUUUUCCACACCUGCAAGAGUUCCGCACCGGAGAUCUCUAUUCUCAAUCUGCCCCUGGAUGGUGGCGGUACCUCGGAAGAGCUGAUGACAUUAUCGUCCUCUCAAAUGGAGAGAAGAUCAAUCCAAUUCCCUUGGAGAAUAUAAUCGCAUCUCAUCCUAAGAUUCGAGCAGCUCUCGUCGUUGGCGAAUACCGAUUCAGCCCUUCUGUACUCGUUGAAAUGGAAGAUAGCUACAUACCAACUACGCCCGAGGAGAAACGAGAAGCUUUAAAUGAGAUUUGGACUCAUGUGCAGGAAGCUAACAAAGUUGCUCCUGCAUUUGCAAAAAUACCGAAAUCCUUGAUUUUGUUUACAACACGAGAAAAGCCCUUCAUCAGAGCAGGGAAGGGAGUAGUGCAAAGACAGAAUAAUGUGAAAGCUUAUUCAAAGGAGCUCGACCAGCUGUUCUCUUCCCAAGAAACAGACUUGUUGACUGAAGGCCUCACCUUGGUUACCCCACUCUCUGCAAGUGCCAUCAAGACGUUCACAAGAGAAGUGUACUUGCAAGCGCUGGAAACGAAAGAUAUCAAGAAUUUGUCCGAUUUGAAGGAUUCGGAUAAUGUGUUUGAGAGGGGUAUGGACUCUUUGUGCGUUACAGUCAUUGUACAAAGGUUAAGAGCCGCUCUGGCAUCCUGUGGAGCCGAUUUGAACUUGGGUUCUAUCGACUCGCGAUUAGUAUACUCUGCACCAUCUAUCGGCCAGAUGGCCGAAGCUCUUAUUGCUCUCGUCGAGAAACGAAACGGGGUUCACGCGGAAGAUCCAACGUCAACGAGCUCUCAACGACAGAGAAGGAUGGAAGAAAUCCUGCUGAAGUACUCGAAAGAUAUACCUUCCAAGCCAGCAUCAAACGGCUCGGUGAACGGGAGCGCUGCACACACAAAGCCCUGGAGUGUCAUUCUCACAGGAACAACCGGAUCUCUGGGCAGCUAUCUACUCGCAGCUCUAGAAAGCCUUCCAAAGUCCCAAGUUGCAAAGAUCUUCUGCUUAAACCGAUCAGCCGAUAGCCAGCAGCGACAGAAGAAACUGAGUCUGUCCCGAGGGCUGAACGCCUCGUGGGAAGAUGGUCGCGUCGAGUUUCUGCAUGCAGACUUCUCUCAGCCAGAUUUCGGACUCGGGGCAGAAACAUACGCUCGCCUCCUGGAUGAAGCCACGGUCAUAAUCCACUCAGCGUGGAAAGUAGAUUUCAAUCUCACGAUCGAAUCAUUUGAGCCGCAGAUCCGUGGCGUCCGCAACUUCCUCGACUUCAGCUUCUCUUCCAAGAACCACGCCCCCUUCAUCUUCGUCUCUAGCAUAUCAACCGCCCUUGGCUGGCUAACCAAGAAUCCCAAAUCUGCAGUUCCUGAAAGUAUCAUUCGGGAUUUCGAUGCACCAGAGGAUCUAGGAUACGGCGAAUCGAAGUAUGUCAGUGAACUUCUCGUUGAGAAGUUUACCAACGCGACGGGAAUCACCACGGCUAUCUUCCGAACUGGACAGAUAGCCGGCCCGCUGUCCAAGAGCGGUUCUUGGAACAAGCAUGAAUGGUUCCCCAGCAUCCUCGCCAGUUCCAAACAUCUGCAAGUCCUCCCUUCCACCCUGGGGAGUAUGGAAACUAUUGAUUGGAUUCCCGUCGACCGACUCGCCAGCAUCAUGAUCGAAUUGACAGAUACGCUCCUCCAUAAACCUGCGUCUUCGCAGACACACGUCUACAACCUCGUAAACCGCAACUUCACGGCCUGGUCCUCCCUCCUCCCCUCCAUCCAACAGCCCCUCAAGAUCCCCCGCACCCUCCCGCUGCAGGACUGGGUCCUCGAAUUAGAAAAGAGCGCCACGGAGAACUUCGCCAUAGAUCGCAACCCGGCUGUCAAGCUGCUCGAUUUCUUUAGAGGUAUGAGUGCGAAGAAUACACAGGAAGAUAUGAAGCCGAAUUAUGAAGUCCGGAAUCUGGUAAGUGAUAGUAAAGGGGCGGCGAAGUUGGAGAUGGUUGGGAUGGAGUGGAUGCGCUUGUGGUUGCUGCAAUGGGGGUUUUAG